CUCAUGGGUGGAGCUCUUGGGUGGGCGGAGAGAUAGACAGGACACUGUGUAUGAAGAGUGGGACUGUCCUCAGGUGCGAUGUAUAGAGGUGUACAGUGGACAACAACGAGGAGAGCUUAGUCUACAGCUGGGAGAUAUGAUUAACGUCAUGCAGAAGACUACAGAUGGGUUUCUGGAAGGCCGCAGGGUACAGGACGGACAACGGGGCUGGUUCUCCUCUGCGUGCGUGGUAGAGAUCACCAAUGAACAUGUGCAAAGACGUCACCUUCGACAGCGGUAUCAUGUCCUACAGACAGCCACGCGACUGCUGAAACAACGCAGUGGGGGCCUUGAACAACGAACCACUAAAUGCUUUAAAUGAGAGACUAAAUUUGCAUUUUUCACUUAAAAAAGAGGAAAGGACGUGACUUGAGGCCAAGUAUGGUGACCCAUACUUGGAAUCUGUGCUCUGCAUUCAACCCAUCCAAGUGCACACACACAGCAGUGAACACACACCCGGAGCAGUGGGCAGCCAUAUUGCUUACUGACUUGAAAUAAAUGAGUAAAUAAUUAUGUAUGUGAUCCUGGACCACAAAAGUGUCUUAGUAGCACAGGUAUAUUUGUAUACAUUGUAUGGGUCAAAAUGAUCGAUUUUUAUUUUUUUAUGCCAAAAAUCAUUAGGGUAGUAAGUAAAGAUCAUGUUCCAUGAAGAUAUUUUGUAGAUUUCCAACUGUAAAUAUAUCAAAACUUAUUAUUUGAUUAAUAAUAUGCAUUACAAAGAACUUCAUUUGGACAACUUUAAAAGCGAAUUUCUCAAUAUUUUGAUUUUGUUGCACCCUCAGAUUCCAUAUAUUCAAAUAGACCAAAUACUGUCUUAUCAUAAUGAACCAUACAUCAAUGAAAAGCUUAUUUAUUUAGUUUUCAGAUGAAGUAUAACUCUCAGUUUUAAAAA